AUGAGGCUCUGUGAUGAACGAGACGACGGGCACGCUGCGGCUUCCUGCAGCUCCAGAAACUUCCAUCAGCUCAGUGCAUCGUACCGCAGCUGUCGGCAGCAGCAGUCUGCAGAGUGAGAAAGAGUCACAUUUUAGAUAAACAGAAAAAGAGACCUUACAUCCAAAGAGUACUCUGUGUAAAAAGAUAAUACAUAUUUUAGACAUGGAUUUUCUUCUCUUCUUUCAAUCAUACGUUUCUGUCUGUCAGUGAGGACAAACAGCCGAGCAGAGCCGAGUUUCCCGCCGCCGUUUAUUUCCUGAUGAAACAGAAUCAAUCCCAGGAGCUGAUCGAGCCAUCAGCUGCAAAGUAAGAAAACUUUCACAGAUUUAAGGAGAGAAAGUCUGAAAUUAUUGUUUUCAAACUCCAUCAACCUGUCAGCUCUUUUCAAGCUGAAUUUAUCUGAUGCAUGUUCGAGCUCCUGAUCACUACAGCCUCACUCUGAUCCUGCUCAGUCUGUUCCUCAGCUUUUCAGACCCUCCUCCUGCUCCUCCUGCUCUCCUCAGUCUUCAGUGACUUCAUUUAUGAGAAUGUGUUUUUGUGACUUCAUGCAGAGCAGGUACAAAACCAGCUGAUAUCUGAUUUCAGACUUGUGUGUGUGAGGACCAGCAGUAAAGGAUUUCCUCCUGGUUUCUAAGUUUCAGCUUGAAAAUUCCAGUGAGUUCAUGACUUAUUGCUCAUGUGACACAUUUUCUCCCUGUUCUUCAGUCACUAAUUACAGUUUUUAUUAUUCUCUAAAAGGUUCCAACACUGUGA